AUGAGUAUGCGUAGGUACAGAUCUCCUCAGAAUGAAGCGGCACUGUGGACGAUCACUAAACACAUCCAAACUCUCACUGCCUGCAUUGCACCUGCUCAUCCUGCAUUCCAUAAACACCUGGCUCAGAUCCCCAGGUCUACCUCAACCAGCUGUGCAACCCAAGCAGGUGACCAGGCUUUCGAAAAGCUGCUUCUGUCCUACACUGAUGCCGGAGCGCCCACCUACAUGUAUGAGUUUCAGUAUCGCCCAAGCUUCGUGUCUGACCACAGACCCCAGACAGUUCAGGGAGACCAUGGUGAUGAAAUCUUCUCUGUCUUUGGGACUCCAUUUUUAAAAGAGGGCGCCUCAGAAGAGGAGACCAAUCUCAGCAAGUUGGUGAUGAAGUUCUGGGCCAACUUUGCUCGAAAUGGGAACCCAAAUGGAGAGGGGCUGCCUCACUGGCCAGAAUAUGAUCAGAAGGAAGGGUAUUUGCAGAUUGGUGCCACCACCCAGCAAGCCCAGAAACUGAAAGGAGAGGAAGUGGCUUUCUGGACGGAGCUCCUGACUAAGAAUCCACCUCAGACAGAACACACUGCACACACAUAAAUGGGUCUCUGCCAGCCUCAGGACCAGAGGAGCAAAGAUGGGGCUAUUCCACAAAGGAUGGCUGUUUGCCAAAGAUGGAUCUUACGGAGGAAACGGCACAAUUGCACAGUUGGGAUAUUUGUAUCUCAACUUCGAAAUAAAUUUCCUUUUAGAAA